AAUAGACAUUAUCCUAAAAUUUUUUUUAAUCUAUAGUGGCAAGCAAAACUAGUUGUCAUUUCCGAUAGAAAUUUUGAUUUAGGAAUCCUCCUGUACAUAUAAGUCCGGAUUGCUCAUCAACUAAAUGUUGACCCUUGUGUGUUCAAGGAUUUGUUCUACCGUCUACGUCAUUUCAGACGGUGAAAGUCAGCCCACAAUUAAGAGAAAAACACAAAAUUAAGCAGUUAAUAAUUAAUGCAUGGAGGCCACUGAGACAAUGGAGCAUCUGUUGUGCUGGGAGGCCACUGAAACAAUGGAGCAUCUGUUCCUCUUUUGCCCGGUAGCUAGGGCUCUUUGGGAUCUCUCGGGGCUGGAAUUUCUAGGGCAGGGGCUUCCGCGACACACUUUCCCCCUAUUUCUAAGGAGGGUUAUGGGUCUCAUUCACCGGCCAGAGUUGUUCAUGGCUUUAGCGGCUAUCCUUUGGAGAAUCUGGCGGUCUCGAAACUGGGUUGUCUUUGAAGGAAAGCAAUUUGGGAUCGAGGCCUUAAUGAGGCAGUUUCACCAACAAUAUGAGGAGUGGGUAAAUCUGCCCAUAGAUAGAGUUGGUACGCCUCAUAGGCAAACUAUCUGCCCAGGUGCCCCGUCUGCUGACCUCAGUGUUGUCUGUUGCUGGGAUGGGGCUACUAGGCGGGGGGCUUCCUCGGCUGGGGGUAUGGUGCUGAUGAAUGGUACUCGGGAAGUACUUCUGGCUAGGGGGAUCCAGUUUCCGGGUCUGGUUGAUCCAAUGGUCAUCGAAUUACUUACCCUUCGGGAGGCAAUUAACUGGUGUUUGGGGCUUGGGAUUCACUGAGGUACGGUUUGAGGGUGAUGCCAAGGUGAUUAUUGACAAGAUCAUUCUGCGGGAGGCUAGUGAUACCCGGGUGGGAGCUAUUUUGGAAGAAGUUUUACAUUAUUUUCAGGCUCAUCCAGGGUUGGGUGUGCGGUUUAUAGGUCGGCAGAACAAUAGGGUAGCCCAUAAGGUGGCUAAGAAGGCCCUUUCUUUGUCUCCAUCUAUUUGUCGUAUUUUUUAUUUUCAAGCCUGGUUGUUCUCCAGGAUGUAAUUAUCUCUUCAUGAAUCAAUAUAUGAUUACCUUUUGU